AUGGACCAUAGUGAUCAAUUCAUAACUUAUUCGAUAUUCAAUGGUAAAGAUGCAUUACUUAGAUGGGCUCGUGUACAAGGAAAAAUGAAUAAUAUUGUCAUUGUAACUAAAAGGUCUGAUUAUGGAGGUGAGGGCAAGAGGAGACCUCGAGUAAUACUUGCUUAUGAGAGGAGUGGCAACUAUAAGUCUUGUAAGUCUAGUGAGACAACUGAUAUAAGAGUAUCUUCAAGGUCAUUCAUUUGGGGGCGACUUUCUGAAGAGGAGAAUGCCUUGUUGGUGGACAUGUCUAAGAGUUUGGUGAAAUCUAGAGAUAUUUUAGUCACCCUGAAGGAUAGAGAUGCAAUGAAUGUUUCAACUAUGAAGACAAUAUACAAUGCUAGGAUUUGA